CUCCGCCUCACCGUUUCUUAGGGUUAUAGUCAAAACCCGAAGACAUAACAAAACUCCGAAACAACAGAGUUUUAGAAUCAUCAGAAGAACUAGGAGAAGUGUCUACGAGAAAGAGGAAUAAAAGAUUUUGAAUUUUGAGAUGGAAGACGAAGGAAGAGACGCUCAUCAACUGGAUUUGGAAAAGGCAGAUCAAAAUAUUUGGAUGAUGAAGAGUCCUGUUGUUGUUACCAAGACGUGGGAGAAGCUUGCUCCUCCUCUUCCUCCUCCUCCUUCCUACUCUUCCUAUACUCCUUCCGGUUACAUUAGUUUAGCCAAGGUUGUUCAUUCCCUUGAACUUGUUCCACUCACCGAGCCCAAGUUCAACAUGGAGAUGGUUGGUGCAGAGUAUGGGAACAUGCCAAAGAGCUACUCAUUGAACAUGUUUAAAGACUUUGUUCCAAUGUGCGUCUUCUCCACUGUCGAUCUUCAAGACAAUCCAGCUGCUGAUGGAGUCAUAGAACAAAAAUUUGAUAUGAAGCCACAAGGCGAAGAUAUUGAAGAGUAUGCUAGGCUUUGUCGAGAGAGGACUAGCAGGUCCAUGGUUAAGAACCGACAGAUACAGGUUAUUGAUAAUGACCGUGGAGUACAUAUGAGGCCCAUGCCUCUAAUGAAUAGCUUCAUUUCAAAGGAAAAGAGGAAAGCUGUCCCAGUCAAGCAAACAGAUGUGAAGAGGACGAGGAGAGAUCGUGGUGAGCUCGAAGGUAUCAUGUUCAACUUAUUCGAAGGCCAACCGAACUGGACCUUGAAGCAGCUAGUACAGCGGACAGACCAACCAGCUCAGUUUUUGAAAGAGAUACUAAACGAGCUUUGCGUUUACAAUAAGAGAGGAUCGAACCAAGGGACAUAUGAGCUUAAACCAGAGUACAAGAAAGCUGGGGAAGAUGAUACAGGUGGACAGUGAAAACAAUCGCAUGUGUAGUACAAUAUUAUAAACCCAAGAGUCAUUUAGUUCUUUUUUAAUUUGUUUUGUUAAAGUCAGAGGUGGUCAGAUUAUGAAAUUGAGUGUUUCUGAACACUAAAUUACUAUUCUGUUAUAUUUUCUUACAAGUUAUAAAAUAACUCUACUAACAAUUAUUUAUGUCUCUUGAAAAUUCUUA